UGAGUUGUGUGUUGUGGCUGACGUUACCUGCAGAGGGUCCCGCGGACCGGCUGGGUGUACAGGAACGUGAAGAAACCAGAGAGCGUAUCAGACCACAUGUACCGCAUGGCCAUGAUGUCUCUGACCAUCACUGACCCCACAGUGGACAAGGACAGAUGCAUAAAGCUGGCCCUGGUUCAUGACAUGGCAGAGUGCAUUGUGGGAGAUAUCGCUCCAUCAGACAACAUCAGUAAAGCAGAGAAACACAGGCGAGAAGAGGAAGCGAUGACACACCUGGCAGGUCUUCUGCCUGGUGGACUCAAACAGGAGAUUUAUGGACUGUGGGAGGAAUAUGAGACCCAGAGCAGUCCAGAGGCCAGGUUGGUGAAACAGUUUGACCUCCUGGAGAUGAUCCUGCAGGCUCAUGAGUACGAGGAGCUGGAGGGAACGCCGGGAAGACUGCAGGAGUUCUUUGACUCCACCAACGGUCGUUUCCACCACCCAGACGUGCUCCAGCUCAUCAGCUCUUUGAAUGAAGAGAGAGGAUGUCACAUGACUAAAACGGAUGAAACAAAGAAUUCUGGGAACUCGCAGGCGGCUGGUGCAACGUCUUCACAGCCAAGUACGACUUCACACACCUCCUCCUGACUGCAACGCACACAAUACCUCCUCAGUGGAGAGACAGAGACGCUGGACUGUAACACAGAAUAUGUGUAUGAGGAUGCACAAACACGUCACAGGAUCAGAAGCUAGUGUGGAAAACUGUAGAUUGGGAGUUUCAACUUCUCCUCAUUUGCUACAGUGUAACUGAGGACAAGGACACAUGGGUAUCUGCAGCUAUUUGAUCCCUUUGUCUUCUGUGUUUUACCUCAAUGUCUCUAGUACAGUAUGAGGAACUAUAAUAGAUACAUUCUGACAAUUAAACACUGCCAGAUAAUAUACAAAUGCAAUAAUUUGUCAAAAUAAAUGGGUUGAAAAUGUAAUAAAAAACGGUAUAAUUUCCCAGAUAAUGUUCUCACAUUAUUACAUUAGUUCCUGUUUAUUCAUGUAUAGAAACUAUUCAACUAGUUUCUAUUACAUUUUGACACGUUAUUAUAUAUUUGUAUAUUAUCUGGCAGAUGUUACAUCAUAGGGCUGUCUAUAAAAAUAUAACAAUGGUGCUGCCGUCAGUAAAUAGUGUUAAUGCAUUUUCUGAUGCAGUCUUAUUGUACAAUAUACAGAUUUUGUGAAAUAGGUUAUAGAAAUACUGCUGGCAAAUGAGCACUAAAUUAUUUUCAGUAUGUUGCAUAGACGUCAGUUGCACAUUAUUCCACCUUUACUACUUUAUGUUUGGUUGUUUU